AUGGGGGGAAGAGCGAAGAAGAAGAACGAGUGGUUUGAGUGGAGCGGCGCAGCGCCGCGCAGCAUGGGCCAAUUUCUGAACCCUUUUCAAUUCGGGGAGCUUCCACCUGCAACAGCUCCCUUUCCCCCUUCGUCGUGUCUCAACCGCCUGCCAUCCGAGACAGCUACCAUGGCGGACUUUCUCAAGAAUAUCAUCGGAGGGGGCAAGUCUGGCGAGCCAGCCCCGUCGGCCGACUCGGACUUCGCCGACUUUGCCGAGGCACCUUCCCCCUCGCCCGUCCCCUUCGAGAAGCCGCCUGGUGGCGCUACGCUGUCCAGCAGUGGACCUGCUGUGACGGACCGUCCCUACACCAAGUGGUACAACAUCCACGAGCGCCACAGCCUCUCCGAGUUCAAAGCUGAGGGCGUCAUUCUGGCCGUCAUCGCCGUCAUCUUCACCCUGCACUUCAUCGGCUCCAGGCUCAACAAGUCCAAGGCCAAGGCAUGGAUCAAGGCCCAUGCGCCCACCCUGACCAGCGAGUUUGCGCUCACGGGCUUCGAUGGCGUUCCCGGCGCCGAGAAGCAGCCUGAGAAGCUCCUCAAGCAGAAGAGCUUGUUCGAGUACUCGACCUACGCGACUGGCCGUCAGAACAUCGCCUUCGUGGAUGUCAUCCUGACGCUGAAGAAGCGCUUCAACCCCCUCAUGACUACGGCCGAGACAAUCCUCGGCUUCUUCAUGGACAGCUUCGGCGCCCCGGCUGACUAUGUCGAGGCCACCAUCUAUCCUUUCGAUGGCAAGGAGGCUUCGAUCGCCCCCAACCUCCCCGGCGCUUCUGAGCUUCGCGGCAAGGACGCUAAGAGCACCUAUGACGGAUUUGUCUGGGCCGUGGUCAACAAGGACCACAUGAAGAAGCUCCGUGAUGAUCGCUACGAUCUGUCCAUCACCUUCACCAAGGACAACGCAAAGCUGCCUGCCUGGUUGACUGUCAUGAGCGAGAGCGCCGAGAUUACCGAUGCGCUCCUCACCAAGGACUUGGCUGCCGCUGUGGAGAAGGCCGGCGAUCUGUUCGAGGCUCUCAUCGUCACCGACCAGCCCCUUGAGCGGCCUACGACUAUUGAGGAGACUACUCCCCGCAAGCGACUUUUCCUGCGCUACCGCUUGCCCUCGAACAACAACUACGACGACUUGGUCCCCUUGUUCACCGCUUUCCUGCGCCUCCCUGACCAUCUGGUUGCCACGGGUCAUUUCCGGGCCGAGGUGAUGCGCAAGGUCAACACGAUCCGUGCCGAGACGAUCAAGCAGAUCCAGAAGGCUGCCGAUGACGAGAAGGCCGAGGAGCGUGCGCUGGAGCGAGACAAGGCACGCAAGGCCAAGCGCGAUGCUGAGCUGAAUGCCCUGGACGCCAAGGCCCAGAAGAAGUUCCUCGACAAGGAGAAGGAGAAGCAGAUGCGCAAGGCCAGCAAGAAACAGACCGUCCGAGGGUAG